AUGGCCGAACAAGAGCGAACAGUUCUGGAAUUCUACCAGCUCCCCACAGCCUUUCCCUCAGAAUGGCCCGCCGAAAAGGACGCCGAGGACUCGUCUGGCGAUGAGGAUACACAAGACCCCAGACUCCAACAUCGCAAGUCCCGCUACCAAGCGCUGGAACGGGCCGCCAGCAACCGCAGGAGCAGCUAUUUGCCAGGCUCAGAGGGCGGCAACGGUGGCGUUAGCAACCUCGUACAGAAGGACGAGCCAGAUCCGCUUGGCUCCGCAAGCAGCGUGGUGCAGACGUUGAAGGCCAUGGGCCAUCGCCAGGUGCAGGACGACGCGCGCUACCGUAACCGAUUCCUCCUGUCAUCGACGAGCUUCUCGCCGGCUCUCUUUCUCUCUCACGUGCACGCCAAUGCGGACACGCGGAAAUUACUGCAAGGCCUAGACUUCCUCUCCCAGUCGAUCGAUCAAAAGUCCGCAUCCCUCAAAGUACUGGUUGAGUCCAACUUUGAGCGCUUCGUCAAGGCCAAGGCCACCAUCGACAAUGUCUACAAGGAGAUGAAGUACCGGGGCGCUGAAUCCCAGCACCUGAACGCUCGACCGCACUCAAGACACGCAAGUCGUAGCAGCUGGCGGCAGAGCAUGAAUGGGCUGAACAACCCCUUGGCGGCACCCAUGAGCGACCGCCGGCAGAAGAACGCCCUCACCAAAGAGAGUGAGUAUGGUGUCAGAGGUAUCAAGGCUCCAUUGCUCGACGUGUCGGCCAAGGCUGAGGACGUUUGGGGUCCUGCGCUGGGUGGUCGUGAGAAGGAAGAAAACCUAAAGACCGUUUCGGCCCAGCUCGACCGCUAUAAAGAGUACAUUGAGCUCAGCCCUGCGAUUGCAGACAGCAUCAAGAGGAAGGACUACGAGACAUUGGUAGAGGAAUACAACAGAGCGCGGAAAUUUGCCGAUUCGGCACGCAGGUUAGCGGAAAGUCUCCACGGAGACGCCCCAAAGGACGCGCACCUGUACCAGAUCCUGCUGGCGGGACGAAUGUGGCACGAUGUGAACUCUCAGAUUCAUACAUUUAAGAGGGAUGUGUGGAAGCGGCUGACUUCACUCCAUACACUGUCGAAAGCGGAGGCCGCGCCUGGGCGGGGCCAGGACCAUCAUCUGGAAUUGAUCGGCUUGCUGUUGGAGCUGGGCGUAAGCGACAACCCUGUCUGGGUGUGGCUGUUGAGCCGCUACGACUAUCUCAAGGGCAGGAUCCAGACAACGGUAGAGAGAUCGACAGUCGAGAUUGAGGUACUGCGACGAAGGCUGGCGAGCGCAGACAAACCAACGCCUCACGCGAUUGCUGCGCACCUGCGAUCGCUGGGCCGGCAAGCUACUGAAGAGAAGCCCGCGUCCAGCGACUCGGCAGACGUGAUUGAGUUGUGGGAUAAAAUGCUGGGAUUCUUGUCGAGCCUAUUGUCCACAUCCGGCAUCAUCGCCGAGGUGGUCGAGUUCUGGAACACUGUCCAGGGGUUCAUUGACGGCAAGGCCCAGAGGAACCUGCCAGCAGGCUAUAAUGGUGAGUCGCGAAUACAUCAUCAGUUGUCGGACAAGGUCAUCGAGGACCUGAAAAAGGGCGUCGUUGAGCUCGUGGAGACGAUUCGCGAUCAUACCUAUGAGUUCUUCACCGGACCCCCGCCCGAGGAUAUCUCGCUGCUCUACUCGCCGCUGCCCCCGACGACGCCUGCUUCGCCUUCGCCUACCACGCCUGGCGCGAGCGCACUCACUCCAACUGGGUUGAGGGACCCUCGCUUCAACUUUGACGCCAGCAAUCCGCCUCCGCCGUCGCCAAAAAGAGGCGAGAGCUGGGAAAAGCUGGCCUUCUGGCCACCAUGGUCCAAUUCGUUGAGCGGCGUCUACUAUCUUUCCAAAGCACUGGCCCUGGUCGGGUCAGGGGCCUCGGACCUUGCAGGACUCCAGCCGGUGGCUGUGGGCGAUAGUCAAAUCGUGGAACGGCUCAAGUCGCUCGUCGCAGCAUCCCGCGAACGGUGUGUAACCGCGCUGUGCGCGGCGUGGAAUCGCGAUGCCGAGAACAUCAAGUAUGUCGAAGAUUGGCAGCGCUCGACCGAAUUAGGCGACGUGACACGCAUGCCCUCGAGCUUCUCCGCGUUCGAAGGGACGCUCCUCUUGGGCAUGCAAAAGAUCCUGUACAUUUCCGAGGCCAUGUCCAAAUCAGGAGCCAUGGACAUUGUGCCUCCACCUCCCACCAAGUUGCUGCAAAUGGUGCGCAGCCAGUACGUGUCGACCCUGUACAAGGCGCUGAGCGGUAUGGUUGAGAACGCGGAGCGGUCCGUCAAGAAAGCGGAUGAUGUGUGGGCGGCAGAGAGCGAGUGGUCGACGGCCUCGCCCAUUGCUGAAACGCUCCUUAGCAGGAGCACGCUCGACGCUGGAGAUCGCAAUAUUCGCAUGCUCUUGACCCUGAGCAACUUACAAGCUCUCCGGUCCCAAGUCGUGCCUAGCCUCAACUCACAAUUCGAAAAUGCUUUUUCUGUCAAACUGACAGACGAGUCCAAGACCAUUCGCGACGUCCUCGGCCAGAUUGACGCCCGUCUCUUCCAAUCCUACACGAAAAAAUCCAUCGAACAGCUGCGUGCCAUCAUCUCAGCCGGUCUCAGCCGGGACGACUGGGUGCCUGCGGCAGGGACACGGCCGACGGCAGCGAAGCCAUACGUCUACGAGACCCUCUUGACGCUGGUGCUCGUUCACUCCCAGGUCUCCACGACAGCUUCCUCCCUCACCCCGCAAGUCUUGUCCUUCCUUCUCGAGCAGACAUCGUCCCAGCUACUGGAAGCGUUCCGCCGCCGACCGAAAUACCCCCUCGAGGCUCUCAUGCAAGCCACCCUCGACGUGGAGUUUGUCGCCCAGACACUGAGUCACUACACGACGGAUCGCGCGUCGGAGCUGCAGGGUCAGAUCUAUCAGGAGCUUGACAGUCGCACGGACAAUGACGCCCGGGCGCGACUGCAGAGUGAACUCCCGGAAAUGAGGAGUGUCUUGAAGAAGUUGAGGGAGGCGAGCAAAAGUGAGUUUGCGUGCUUCAAGAAGCCGAAACGGCCGGGCCAGAAUCCAAGCCGCACGGAUAGUGGCUUGAGCGGGACGUCAAUGUAG